UCUAAAACGCCUUCUUUUGACUGUUGUUCGCGGUGUUUUCAUAACUCACAUGGAAUAAAUAGCAGUAACCUCGUUGCCAAGCGUAAUUAUUUGAUGUUUGAAAGAAGGUAAGAGUGCGUUAAACAUUAGCCGUUAUUAGUUUAACAUAAGCAGUCUGUUUAGCUUUCAGCUUUCUGCGCCCUGUGUUAGCCAGUACAGCUAUGGUGAAAACACUGUCUCAGCUUGGUCUUAGUUUCAGCUACAACCAACACCAUCUGUUUUGAGUGAGUGUAACAGUCAUGUUAGCUGAGGCUCAAGGUCCAGACCCAAUGGGUUCAGGAGCACCAUGGCAGCCCCCCACCACUCGAAAGGAUCUCAAAGAGCCAGGGAAUCACAACAGGCAACAGGGAGGGGAGCACCAACGACAUGCAUCCAGCAAAAGAAGCUGCUUUUUAGGGUUGGAAACGAGGCCAGAGGUGGUUUGGGAGGACUGGGACCUUGGAAAAGAGUUCACCAAAACAUUAGUGUUAAAGAACAUUCAUAACAAGCUGCAGAAGCUCCACUUGAGGCUUCCAUUGUCCAAGUUUUUCACCACCUUAAUUCCCCAGAUAAUUGUUUUGAGCCCAGGGACUUCUUUCUCCAUCCCAGUCACCUUUAGACCGAUACAGAGGUGUGAGUAUGAGGACAGCAUUGAGUUUCAAGGUAAAGAUGGCAGCUUCCAAGUACAACUCCGUGCCAUCAUUCCCUGUCCUGCCCUGGAAGUGCCUGACUCUGUGCUGCUUCCAAUCUGUGCUGUUCAACACUCCUCACAUACUACUUUCCGGCUCAAAAAUGCAAGUAAACUCCAGACAUGCUUCGAGUGGGUGUGUGCAGCGCCAUUUCAGCUGAGCCCUGAGCAGGGCUUGUUGAGGCCCAGCCAGGAGUGUCACAUCACUGUGGUCUUCCGGCCGCAAGAGGCGAUGGUGUACCAACAACAGGCCUACUGUAUGUUUGGAGAAGAUGGGUACAAGGCAGAGAGCUGCUGCACUGUGCUGCUGCAGGCACUAGCUAAAUACCCAUGUCUUCAGCUGAGAAAUCCAGCCGAGAAAGAGGAAAAAGAUCAGGGGGGUCCAGUACUACACUUUGGUUCUGUGGCAGUUGGCAAAAGUUUGCAGAAAUACUUUGAUAUCUUCAACCCCGCUCCUGUAACCGCAAUUUUCUCUUUGUCAUGGCUGUCUAGUGAGGUUCCUUUGUUUGGGUCAGAGUUCAGAUGUGAUGUCACCAGGGGUAAGGUGGUGCCUGGUGGAUCACUACGGGCUGCAGUCACCUAUUCUCCUGCUAUGGUGGAUACUGUUUCGGUUGAGUACUUAUCUCUAAAAUGCCAGGGAGCACUUAACGAAACCCUGCUUAAACUCACUGGAAAUUCUAUAGGUCCCAAAGUUUCCUUGUCCUCCUCUGUGGUGGAUUUUGGCUGUGUUGAGGAAGGAGGAGCAGUCAUACAGACAGUGGAGCUGAUUAAUUCUUCUACUGUUGAGACCAUCUACCAAUGGGACCUUGACUGUAAUGGGUACAGUGUGUUCAGUAUCCAGCCAGCAAGUGGCAUAGUACGCCCACAUAGCCAUACGACACUGAAGGCAGUCUAUAGGCCGACACAGCCCAUUGCACACUACAGGAGAGUGGCAUGUCUCAUACUGCACAGGGACCCUCUGUUCCUUGACCUGAUUGGUACCUGUCACUCAAAACUCCAGAAACCAGCCAUUCUGAAACCUGAACACUUGGUUUUGUACAAGCUUCACUGGUACCGCAGACAGGACCCACCAUACAAUCCCAGUGCCAUGCAGCAAAAUAAGAAUGUGCACUUGAAUCAGCAGCUGCUGCAAUCCACCCUGGAUGAGCUGUCAGGUCAUAGACUGGACAGUGCUCCUGUUGUUCCCAGAACUCCCAUGGAGGAAUUCUACCAAAUUUGCUUAGGGUGCACGGAUCCUCUCUUUUCCAGUUCUUCGUCCUCUUCACAUGUGUCUGUGGUGCCAUGUGAGCUGGUGUUUAAUCACAAAAUGUCCUCCUCCUUGUCUGCUUCAUCCACUUCCUCUCAGUCUGUCUCCAUCAUCAAUCACACCAGAGGGAAACUCAGCCUGGUGUGGACUGUUACCCAAGACUCUGCAUUUACUGUCUCUCCCUCAUCAUGUGACCUGCCUCCACUCAAGUCCACCUCAUUCAGAGUGACCUAUGACCCCAAGCAGCUAAACACAUUGCACGGAGCACAACUCGAGUGUUUUGCAUACUAUAAAAUGGAUCACAUUGGUGAGCGACUGCUGUGUCCGCCUUGGUGUGUGACUGUCAGAGUCAUCGGCCACUCCUUUCAGCCUGGCAAAGAGCACUUCAUCCCGUGCUGCUCUCUGAAGCCCCCUCAAGUGGUGUUUCCAGCCCUGAGUGCUCUUUCCUAUCAAACAGUGCUCCUCCAGAAUGGUGGAGACCUGCCGCUCACUUUUUGUCUGGACCACAGCUCAAACCCUGCCCUUGUAGAAUCAUUGUCUGUAAUUCCGAACUGUGGUCUGAUCCAGCCUGGACAUCACCGAAUACUCACCCUCAGAACAACUCCCACAGAAGAUAGUCCAAAACAGGGGUUCAAUUUACUCCUGCAGCUCAAUGCAGCUAAACACACAAAGGAACUGACAGUUGUGAGUGUGGUGGAAAAGCCGUGUGUGUCUCUGGAAGGAGACGGCAGUUUAUAUUUCCAGCCAACAGCUGUGGGUUCACGGACACAACGCUCCCACCACAUCAGGAAUCUCAGCAGUCUACCUCUACGGUUCCAGUGGAGCAUUCCGGACCAAGACCAGGACCUUAUCUUUGCUGAACCAGAUGCUGGUGAAUUACAUCCGAAUGAGAGCUCAGUCCAGACCUGGUCCUUCAGUCCGCUGGAGGAGAAAGCAUAUACACUCAAACCUACUCUCACCUUCUGGCCGGUCCAGACUGAUGGAUGUAACAAGUCACACCUCACCCUUAAAGUGGUGGGAAUGGGCUCCAAAGGCUUCAUAGAGGCAGAAAACGCUGUUGUGGAUUUAGAGGAGAAUCUAGUUGGAAGUUACCGGUCGAUUGAAAUUCCUCUGGUGAACAACAGCCCCUGUCCUGUGUCCUUUCAUCUCUCUGUACAGCAGACAUUUCUCGAUGAGGAACUUAUUUAUGACCCUGAGACUGAGCCAAGUGCUCUACAGCUGGACUGUGAGAGGGGAACCAUCACCUCACACUCCACAAUGCUGCUCCGAUGUACUGUUAAACCAUACAGAAGAACCCAGUACUUAUGGAAAAUCAGCUAUCAGACACUGAAUACUAGUGGGUUUGUGUCGUCUCCCCCUCAGCCAGUGUGUGAGGUGCGAGCUAAGGGUGUGUUCCCCACCCUACAGGUGACUGAUGUGUGCGGUUGUGGCAGUGUGGCCGGACUCAGCAAGGUGUAUCUAUGGAAACUCUUGUCAUUGGAUAACCUCAACAAGCACCUGCUGUCUAUCCCGUCCUCUGCAGAACUUACUUAUGGAACCCCCACUAGACACAGUCUGCGCAGUUGUCCUUCCAUCUUCACCAAAACCAUGUUGGAUUUCAGCUUUAGUGCUGCUCCCAUGAAUUCAGACCCCUCAACUUUUGUGCUGAUGUUUCAUAACCCUGGUCCCAUCCCUGUUAAUUGGGCAUUCUUGUUUCCAGAGGACCAACAGAUAGAGAUGGAGUACUGGGCAGAGACAGGAGAGUUCAGCAGCACUGAGCUGUACCAGAUGAAGGUCCAAGACAACCGUCUGUUCAGCAUUUCUCCUCGUGCCGGAACUUUGUACCCAGGCCAGCAGAGGGCGGUACACUUCAGCUACAGCCAUGACUUUGCUAGGACAGAUCGGUUUCCUGUUGUGUUCAAACUCUCAUAUGGCAGAGAGAUCUUGUUUAACUUCCAGGGGUUGACAGUGGAGAGAGACAGACCAUAUCUCCACUUUGCCUCCAAUCGACAUGUCUUCACCUCUGUAACUAUUGGGGACUGCAGUCCUCCAAGGCAGGUGUAUGAAUUACACAAUGCUGGUGCAGUGCCAGUCCAUUAUGAAGUGGACAGAGCUGUGUUGUCACAGCUUCAGAUAGACAACUUUAACCAUCCAGUGCUGUGCUGCCUCAGUCCAGAAGGAGAGAUCCCUCCUGGGAAGACGGCCAUGCUGGAAUGGAUCUUUUCUCCACUGGAGGCUAAGAUGUACCAUAUGGAUAUUCCUAUAUACAUCCAGGACGGGGACUCAACACUGGUCAGGUUUGAGGGGUGUGGGUUUGAUACUCCAUCACUGGGCUCCUCAAACACAUUUAACUACAGUGAUACUAAGCCACCUGUACCCUGCGUCCAGAGGGUGCCAUUCCCAGGACAGGUUGUAUUUCUGUCUGAGGACAGUGUCUCUCUAGGUGACAUCCCUGUGUCCUCACAAUCUUCAAGAAUCUUCUUCAUCACCAAUGUGUCUCACACGGACAUUGUCCACUACACAUGGGACCUGCCCCAGCAGAGUAAACAGCAGGUGGUGCAGAUUCGUCCAGAGCAAGGCAGUCUGUGUCCAGGGGAGAGUGCUCUUAUUGUCCUUACCUUCACUUCUACUGACUACCCCACCGUUUAUCUGCUGGAUCUCAUCUGUCAGGUUAUUCAGGAAGCCGCACUGACUCGGUAUCAUGAAUCUUUGCAGCGCUUGGAGGAGGAGAGAGAGAGACAGCGAGAUGAAUUCACUAUCACAGACAAGAAGCUUUCAGAAAUCCAAGGGAAUCUGGUGGAUAAGGAACCUGUGGCAGUUCCAGUAAGAAAAGGGCCACCACUCAGGAAAUAUAAGACUCUUCCUCCUAUCUGUGCUAGUAGUAGCUGUGAAACAGUGGGCUCUAUAUGUACUAAGCUAACAAGAGCUGAGCGGCGGGCAUGUCGGGAAACGACGAAAGUACAGAAGCAGCCUGAACCACCCCAACCUUCUCUGUUGCAUCUGGAGGUUACAGCACACUCCCACAGCCUUCAGGAGUACCUCACACACUUUCCUGACCAGUUCAAUAAGCUUUAUAGGCACCUCCAGUCAGUCAAGUCCCGGAAGUCUGAAACCUCUACUUCAAGCACAACCCUCUCCAUUAGUCUGCCUCCACCAACACAUGGCCCUGAGAAAGACUUCCACAGACACAUACUCAACUCUCUGCUAAGGAACAUGCUUGAUGAUUCAGCCUUUGUCCAGUCUCUAAUUACUUUGGCCUCCAAGCCCAUCACCUACCAGCCCUUUCACUGCCCCCCUGUCUAUCCCACAACUUCCUCUCCCCCUAAACCCCAACCUCAAGUUCUGUUGAGUGGGACUAAGGCUGGAUCAAAUCAAGAGCACAACACAGUGGACAGGGAGGGGACUGCAGGAUUUUCGGGAAACACACCCCAAAGACAGAACACGCUGCACACUAAACAUGUGCCUAAUGGCAUGAGUGAAGUUGUUUUGCUGAACACCCUCCAGAACCUGAUGAUGGAAGCUGUCAGAGGAGAGCUUCUCCUUACAGCGCACCCACGCACUGUUAUCCUGCCACCUGUUUCUACCAGAACCAGGAGGAUAUCCAGAGCCAUGGCUGAGGAGAAAAACAGCAAGGAUAGUGUGGACUUAAUUUGAAUCCUCGCCAUCUACCCAUCAUCCCAAAGGCUCAUCUCCCUCCAUCGUUUUCUGCAGUCUUCCUUUCUACGUUCAGGUUGCUCUGACAUAUGAUUUGUAGCUCUUCUGUAUCCCUCCGAGUGCCAUCCAUCAUUUUCUAUCCAUUAUACAGCUUUAUUCAUGUGUCUCUUCUUCCUAGCCCCAUGUCUCAGCACUUGCUGUGCUUCAUCUUGCUUUCUCGUGCUGACAAGACUGCUGACUUCUCACAGACUCCUCCAUAAAUAUUUCAGAAAUGAUGUUGCAGUUGUAUUAAGUCAUUACCAAAGGUUUGAACAUUAAUAAAAGUGAAUCUAACUUGUAACUCUUGA